UGGGCGCUCGGAGGGGAAGGGGCCGAGCAGGACAGGGCGUGCUGCCCUUGGCGGCGGGCGCGGGGCGCAGCCCGACUGCAGCAUUGUUACCUGAGGCGGCCGCCGCGCCCCGCCCCGCGCCGCCCUGCCCCCUCGCGCUCCCAGGCGGCCGCGGUCGCGGAGACCCGGGCAGAGGCGGCGGCGCUCGCAGACCGCGGGCAGCGGGGAGCGAGGAACGAGGAGCGGGCGCGGGGAGCGCCGGCCGCGCCGGUAAAAGCGCGCGGAACUGGGGGCACCGCGCCGGGACUCUGGCCAGCCCGGAGCCACAGCUUGCCCCUCCUGACAGCGGGUGCGGGGUUGGCGAGGACCGGGUGAUGCGGACCCAGGACAAGGCGACUCUCUUGCACACUCGUUCUGGCCGUGCAAAGUUCAGGUUUGGAAGAUGACAUACAACACAGUUGCCUUUCUCUUUGGCGGCACAGCGGGUGGAAAAGUAUGACACAACUUUGAUGUCUGUGUCUGCUUCCCCAAGGUCAAGAAAUCAUCUCCUUAGAAGGCAACAGUACUAUGCAUGUUAUGAAUUGCGUCUCCUUGGUCAGUGAUAAAGAAAAUGGGAAUAUCGCCACGGCAGCUGGAUUCAUGAUCGGGCAGACACCCCCGCCACCGCCCCCUCCUCCUCCUCCUCCUCCUCCAUGUCCCUGUUCAGGGGAGGGGUUUCCUCCCUGUCCUCCUCCUCCACCCCCGCCCCCACUGCCUGGGGGGCCUCCGGGCCCUCCUCCCCCGCCUGGACUGCCCCCGGCCUCUCACGUGAACGGCUACGGCCACCAUGGUAAGAAAAAGCAGAUGAGAAGCUUUUUUUGGAAAACCAUUCCAGAGGAGCAAGUUCGUGGCAAAACCAACAUCUGGACCUUGGCAGCCAGGCAGCAGCAUCGCUACCAGAUCGAUACAAAGACCAUUGAGGAGCUCUUCGGGCAGCAAGAAGAUGCCAUCAAAUCUCCCCUUUCGAGGAGAGGAGGAACCUUAAAUUCAUCAUUCAGAGACGCUAGAGAAGAGAUUACUAUUUUGGAUGCAAAACGGAGCAUGAACAUUGGGAUAUUUCUUAAGCAAUUUAAGAAGUCUCCUCAGUCCAUUGUAGAAGAUAUUCAUCACGGGAAGAGUGAGCAUUAUGGAUCAGAGACAUUGCGAGAAUUUCUUAAGCUUUUGCCAGACUCAGAGGAGAUAAAGAAAUUAAAAACAUUUAGUGGAGAUGUGUCCAAGCUGUCCCUGGCAGACUCCUUUCUGCACUACUUAAUUCAGGUGCCAAACUAUUCACUUCGGAUUGAAGCCAUGGUGCUAAAGAAGGAAUUUUUACCUUCUUGUUCUUCUCUAUACACAGAUAUAACAAUUCUAAGAACUGCUACAAAAGAGCUGAUGUCAUGCGAGGAGCUGCAUUCAAUCCUACACUUGGUGCUUCAGGCGGGGAAUAUCAUGAAUGCAGGAGGGUAUGCUGGCAAUGCAGUAGGAUUUAAACUGUCUUCUUUGCUCAAAUUGGCAGACACAAAAGCAAAUAAACCUGGGAUGAAUCUUCUGCACUUUGUUGCCCAGGAAGCCCAAAAGAAAGAUGCCAUUCUUCUAGACUUUUCUGAAAACUUGCACCAUGUUCAGGAGGCUGCUAGAUUAUCUCUGGAUAACACGGAGGCGGAAUUGCACUCGCUGUUUGUCAGAACAAGAUCGCUACAGGAAAACAUCCAGCGGGAUGGUGAACUUUGUCAGCAGAUGCAGGAUUUUCUUCAGUUCGCUGUGGAAAAGCUGACAGAACUGGAGCACUGGAAACAAGAGCUCCAGGAGGAAGCCCACACCCUUAUAGAUUUUUUCUGCGAAGACAAAGAAACCAUGAAAUUGGAUGAAUGCCUUCAGAUAUUUAGAGACUUUUGUAUCAGAUUCAACAAAGCAGUGACGGACAACCACCACCGGGAGGUGCAGGAGCGGAGGCAGCUGCAGCGGCUGAAGCUGCUGGAGCAGAAGCGGCAUUCCUGGGCGACUGGGGAGCUUGGGGGAUUCGGCCGGAGCAGCAGUGAGAAUGACGUGGAGCUGCUGAGCAAGAAGGGCGCGGAGGACCUGCCCCCUUUCCUGCACCCCAGGCCCUUCAGCCCCUCCUACAGACCCCCUAACACUCGCCGCUCCCGCCUCUCCCUGGGCACCUCCGCUGACCGGGAGCUGCUGACCUUCCUGGAAAGCUCCGCCGGCAGCCAGGAGGAGCCCAACAAGUUCAACAGCUUGCCACGGAGCAGCCCCUGGCAGGCCUGGCCCUCGGCAGCCGGGACGGAGCCUGGAGAGCCGAGGGAGCAGGACUCCAACCGUACACACAGACCUCCGGCCUUGGGGGGCCAGGAGGAAGGCCCCGACCCACCCUCAGCUUGGCCCCUCACAGCCCCGCGGCCUGAGGAACCUGCGUCCGGCUGCGCCCGAGCGAGGCGUGGUGGGGUCGGCGUCCUCCGGAAGAGGCACAGCGAGCCUGUGGGCCUGGGUCCCGCUCGGUCCCCGCCGCUCUCGCCAUUGGCUCUGGGGAUUAGGGAGCACGAGCUGGUCACUGGGCUGGCCCAGUUCGACCUCCGGGGCCCCAAGGGCCCAGAGGAGACACCCGGGCUGACCCUGAAUGACUUCAGCCCCGGAGAGCCGGCGUCCCUCGGGGCAGGCGACAGCAGCCUGCGGCCUGUGGGGGCUGCGGGGCCUGCCCCCAACAGCGGCGCAGAUCCAGCAUCUGCGGGCAGCAGCGACCCCGAGAGCAAAGAUCCUGGGCCCCUGUUCUACAUGUCGGACGCCACCGACUGCUCGCUGACCCUGGACUGCUCCGAGGGCACUGACUCCAGACCUGGAGAGGGGGCCCGGGGGCCCGGGACCGGAGGGGACGGCUCUGUGCCCUCUGAGACGGGCGGCAGCCAGAUGCCCUCCGUCCCCACUCGCAGCCCCACCGGGAAGGCGCCCGCCCCCAGCCCCGGGAAGAGCCAACCCAGCUGCAAGGGCGGCCUUACCAGGGACAGACCCGCCAAAGGGAAGGACGCGAUGGCACCAAAGAGAAACCCCCCCAGAGAGGCGGCCCCGGGGGCCCCCCGGCCCAGCGGCAUCCCGCGGGGCCCCAGGCCAGUGCGGACACUGUCGCCGUCGGAGAGCGAGAUCAUGCGCAGAGUCGUGCCCAUCUCGCGCGCCCGCAGGGCCUCUGCCGGCUGGAGGCGCCCCCCGCGCGACGGCCCCGACGCGCCAUGGCCGCGCCACAGCUCGGCGGCGGGCGCCUCGGACCCGUCGCCCAAGAGGUCCCCGGCGGCCGAGGAGCAGGGCCCGGCGCGGGUGAGCGGGCCAAGCGGCGGAGCUCGUUUGGGCAGAGAGCCGGCGCCGCCGCCCAGGGCCUCCCCCAGGAAGCCGAGCGCCAAGCCCCUCCGGAAUGUCCCCAGGCAGAAGCCCGAAGAAAACAAGAUCUGCCGCGCCAGCGCCCAGAGCCCUGAGGAGGAGCCCAAGCCCCCGCCGGCCCCCAGCGCCCCCCGCGCCCCGCCGCCCGUGCCCAGCUUCGCCCGAAACACGGUGGCCUCCUCGUCUCGGUGCACGAGAACGGAUUCCCUUCCUGUGGCCAAAGCUCCCGGCCUCACGCGGACGGCCUCGCAGCGGCAGCUGCGGAUGAAGGGCGGCCCUGAGGACGCCACCCCCAAGGACAGCAGUGCCCUGCGCCGGGCCAGCAGUGCCCGGGCCCCCAGAAAGUACCCAGACCCUGCCGAGGGCCCCCGUGCCAACGCAGAGUCCCCCCAGAAGGGCCGAGGGACUGCGGGGAGGGCCUCCUUCAGGCUGAAACACUCAAAUCAAACCACGCUCGGGAAAAUGCUCACUCCCCCGCGGAAGUGAUGGGUGCCCUCUCUCACCUCCUGGGCUUCAGGUGGUGAGGACUGGGUUCCGUGAGGGCCAGCCCCGCAUGUCUGUGUACCACUUACAGUAGUUCACUGGAGCCACCUGCUAACACUCCUGGCACUGAAGGUACAGUCCCGCAGGUCGGGAGACUGCCACCUGCUGCGUGGACCCUGCUGUGGAGCCCCGCCAGGACACACAUCCAGUACUGUGAUGGGCUGGCACCCCCGCACACACCCCUCCCCAAAGCAGAGACCCCCACGAAAGACUCAGACGUGUGAGAUGGCAUUCUUACAUAACGAGUGAAAAAAGAAUUGGCCAGUUUUUAUAUGUCAAGAGACUUAUUUUUUAAUACUAUAAAAAUUAAGUGUUGUUUUAGGUCGUUUCCUUUUGCAAAAUGAAAUGCCUCCCCGGGGUAAAAAAAAGCAACUGAAAUAAACCCUUAAUAGGAAGAUAUUUUUAUCUUCUUGUGUUCUCUGGCCUCAGGGUUCCACCUGCCCACACACCAUCCACUGCUGGUGACUGGACUUCCUGGCCGGCCCUUGGUAGAUUCUGUGAUUGGCAGGCCUCCUGGAAGACUCUGCCUAGCUCCUCUCUCCUAGUGUGACUUUGGGUGAGGCUUUGCAUGUGAGCAGGAGGGAAAGCGAGACUGGCCAAUGGAAACUGGAUGCUCCCAUGUAUUCAGGGCAGGCACCACGGGCAGUGCCUCCCUGGCAGAUGGGCGGCAGCCCCUGGGAUCUUCCAGAAUUUAGAAGUGCCAUAUUGAAUGGAAAGGCAUCAGGGGCUGUUCAGUUGAGCACAUCUUGCCUACUCCAUGUUUUCCCAUUUCUGUAUCUUGUAAAACUGAGUGAAGGCUGCUAUGACUUGUGUUCACUCUAGUUACAGGGAAAAAUAAGCCCUUCUUUCUCCCAGCCCUUCCUUCUUUGCUAAUGUGACCUGGAGCCUGGAGGUCUCUGUCUUGUUUCUCUCUUUCAGUGAUGAUACUUUUUAAUGUUAACAUCUAUUCUUUGGUGCAAUGGUUUUUAAGUCCAGAGAAAACCAAAUCAAGUUUUGAAAAACAGACCAAAAAAAGGAAAUUGCUUUCAGAAUAAUUUAUAUCACCAGGAAAAUUUUGAAGAAAAGUCAGGCUUCAUUCAAAAGAAAGGGGAAAACAUGUAUUAUUUAUACCCAGUGUCCAUUCCAUUACUUCUCUCUGAGACUAAUUGGGAAAUGGGGAAAUUCCUGAAAUAAUCCUUUUUUUCACUUUUGGUCACUUGUUAGUGAAACCUUGCUUUAAAUUCAGCAGGGGUGGACAGAUUUCAGCAAAUACAGUGUAUUUGUGAUGAAUCUAUGUGGUUGAUGUUACAGUCUCCCUUCUAUAGAAUGCUGCCGUCCAUCCAAAUUAAUUAGAAACUCUGAGCUCCCAUAAGUCAGCUAAAUCGAAAUGGUCAGCUUUGUUAUUGAAAAAGCAGGGCACCAGGCCACAAAACCUCUUGUAAAAAUAACCCUGUGUAGGUGUUUCCAGGGCUCCACAAAGAUGGUCAUGGGAAUCCUGCACUGUUUUUCACCAUCUCAACAAGCCUAAGAAAUCAUAUUUAACCUUAUA